AUGCAGAGGGGGGUUUUCCUUUGGGCUAGACUGGUUGUGCGCUCCUUACUAAACGGUAUCGGACACCGUGCAAAUCCUCGAGACCUGAGGAAGAGACUAGACAGGAUACCAAAGGGUCUAGAUGAGUUGUUCGACAGUAUCUUUGACUCAAUCGAUCCGGAAGAUCGGCCACUUUCCGACAAGCUGUUCUUGAUAGCCAUUAAAGGGAUUGGGAAAUGGGAAGAACCGUGCGACGCUAUGACAUUCUCGAGAUUAGAGGAUCUAGAUGAUCCUAACUUUCCCCAAAAUCGGCCCAUGAGACCACAGUCUCAAUCAGAAAUCAAUGAGCAUAUAAUGCGGAUGCCAUACCUGCUGGAUCGCUUCUCCAAAGGGUUAAUCGAGAUCAAACCGCAACCAAAGCACACCACUGAGGAUCAUAAUGAAUUUCAUUAUAGGAUUGAGUUUUACCACCGAACUGUUUAUGAAUAUAUAGUCGGAGCACGUCAACGCGAAAUGGAAAUCCGAAAUCCAGGAUUCGAUGCUCUUGCGAGUGCUUUGCGAUUGGCAGUGGCGAAUAUCAAAUUUCUCAACCUGCCCGAUUUUCAAGAGAGACCGGACUAUAAAGAGUGGACGAAGUCUCGAGAUCUUUAG